GUUAGCUUAAAGGAAUGUAUAUUUGCACUAAUUAUGAGGGUUAAACACAGCUGAUAAAACUCUAAAUUACUAUGCUUCGAAGGGAAUAUGUCACGAUUAAAUAAACUAGCUUUUAAGUAAUUAGCUCAUCCGAAUUUUUCCGUGAAUGUUAAGUUAGUUAAAUUCACUAAAUUAUGCACUUAAUGGUUCUCCUGGUAUUCACAAAUAUUCAGUAAGCGUAUUGUAUUAUAUCUCGUCUCCGACAAAUGUGUUGCUUUAUUUUAGUUCGCUUUGUUUGUAAUAGAACGUGCAAAUUUAACCCCGGUCGGCGCUCGAUUGUUCCUACAGGUCGAUUCUAUUCGAUUCGGUUCGUUUGACUAAUAAUUUACACUACCCAACAGCCUGUACAGGAAUAAAACUAGAACCAAACGUGUUCGGAUCGCUCGAACACAGCUUGCGCGAUACCCUUUGAUUUGAUAUUAGGCUAAAUUCUUAGCAAGUUUGCUUUUACUGAAGACGUGUUGAGCCCUUAAGAAAACAUCGACAAUAACAUAUUCCCGGUUCAUUGUUUGUGUUUGAUGACGCUUCGAAAUGAUUAUAUCUGUUUGUCAAACACCGCACGUACCGGGUUCGCUUUUGUUUUGUUUCGUUAACUAAGUAUUUUUUCAACACAGGAUGAUUUCUUCGAAUACAGUAUGGCUUUCGUCGGGCUUUAGUCAGUGGAAUAGACGGUGGAAAUGUAUUAUAACCGUCUUACUCGGUGACAAUUGCAAAACCAAAGUACAUAGUGCAGUCUGUGGAUUUAAAAUUUAAUGAUUCCAGAACUUUUUUAAAAUAGCACAAUUUUAAAGGCGACGAUAACUGGAGAGCAUUAAUUAUCGACCUCAUUCGCUGGCGGGAAUAUUUAGAUAUUAUCCAUUGCAUUUUGCCGCAUUUUGUGUUUGUUCUUGUUUUGUGAGUAGUUUUGUUUUGUCCUGUAUGUUUCUUUUAGGUAUAAAAGGAAAAAUCAUUCGUUUAAUUUACGUUUUUUGGAAACUCCAGACUUAACUCUAAAGCUGUUAGAUGAGAGCAACAUGUAGAAUACCAACAACAGUAAUCUUCAUCUUACUGAUGAAUGUUGUUAGAAAUGGCAUCUUGUGAUGUAAGCGCUGCUACUCUGGAGAAUCUUGGUCAAGGCCUCUUUGGCGUUCAAUUGGAGGUGACUGAAAAAUUACUGGAGGCAGAAAAGAAGAAACUGACUCAGUUAGAGUUACAGCUUGAUGAAGAGACAGGGCGUGGAAUAAGUAGUGUAGAGAAGGCAAAGGAGUUGACACGUCAAAAAUCAAACUAUACACGUCUUUCAAUACAGCAUCACCAGCUGGCUAAAGAAUAUGAAGAAGCUGCAAGAGGAUUGUUGAGAAGAUCAACCAAGCAAAGGAGGUCCACUAGAAGUCUUCCAUCACUUGGAUUUAAGCAGACUGUCAAAGCAAGGCCCACCAUCUUUGGAAAUCUUGUACAAGAAGAUUGGGAAAACCAUAAUAGCAAUUCUGUGAAAAAGAAUACCACCUUACUUCCAUCAAGAAAUCCUGCUCAUCCAUCAGACUUCACAGGGGAUGUGGUAUUUAAGGAUGGACAUGUGACUUCCGGUACACUGAGUGGUCUUAUUGAACGCUUGGUUCCUCUUCCAAAUUAUUACCCUGAUAGAACAUAUGUGUUUGCAUUUCUUCUUUGUUCAAGACUGUUUAUACUUCCCAGUGACCUGCUUUCGAGAAUCUCAAAGGCUUGUGCUGAGCAAUUGAAAAGUGCAACUCCCGAGAAGGCUAAGGUGCUAGCCUGUAAUUUGGUUCAACUUUUGAGCGAAUGGACGGAGACGUUUCCAAAUGACUUUAAGGAUGAAGUGAUGAUGAUGCAUAUCAAAGAUAUUACCAGUUAUUGUGCAUCACUCACUCUGGAUUUAAGGAACAUGGUUGGCCAGAUGACUCAGUCGUUAUUCAAAAAACUAGCUUUAUUGGAUAAGUAUGAGGAGAUUUUGUUGAAGGCAACAGCAGCUGCAGAAGAUAGAAAACUGACUGGUUCAACAAAAUACAAAUGUUGUCUGGAGGUUUGCCCUAAUCCUGUGAUACUUGCCCAACAGCUAUGUCACAUUGAGAUGGAAAGACUUGCCAACAUAGGACCAGAGGAGUUUGUGCAAACUUUCAUUCCAAGAGAUGAAGCGGAUUUGAGAUCUACACUUAGCUAUAUCAAGAGAACAAGUAGCUUAGAGGCCUACAUCGAAUGGUUCAACCGACUGGGUUAUCUUGUGGCAACUGAAGUUUGUCUGGGAAACAAGAAAAAACACCGGGCAAAAAUCGUUGAAUAUUAUGUUGAGGUCGCGACCGAGUGUUAUGACAAAGGGAAUUUCAACUCAGCAAUGGCUAUUAUUGCUGGGUUAAACAUGAGUCCUGUGGCCAGAUUAAAGAAAACGUGGUCCAGAGUAAAAUGCAGAAAGUUUGACCGACUUGAACGAGAGAUGAAUCCAGCCUCAAACUUUGCUUGCUAUCGAACAGUGUUCAAAGUGGCUACCGAAAGCAAGGGGGGAAGGUUUGAAUUCACGAUCCCUUUCUUCAGCUUGUUUGUCAAAGAUGUUUAUUUUCUUAACGAGGGUCACUCCAACAGACUUCCGAAUGGACACAUAAACUUCGAGAAAUUUUGGCGGCUCUCAAAGUUGAUAACAGAUUUUGUCACAUGGAAGGAAGUAGCUUGCAAGUAUGAUCGCAACCGGACUGUGUUGAAUUACUUGAUGACUGUACCAGUCUUGUCCGAAAAAAGUAAGUUAUCACCGUACGCGUCAUACUUUUAUUUGCCUGUUCAAUGUAAUAUCAAAAUAAAAAAUUGUAGUAUUUGGACUUUGCUGCCACAAAACAUGUGCUUUGGUCAGUCAGAAGAAUUAAAACGGGCUGAGACACGUCAUUUGAGUUCGUACGGGUCAUGGAAACCUGGUAUGUGACAGAAUAUUAUAAUAUCAUUUUCAAGACCUGGAAAGUCAUGAAAUUGAAGUGUGAGAUAUGGAAAGUCAUGGAAAAGCAAUAUACUUUCUGAGAAUAAAAAGGGAAAAAGAUCAAAAGUUGAAAAAAUAACAGACGACACAGAAAACCAGUAUUAAUUCCAGUAAACAAUAAACAAUAGCACGCAUUCUGUGCAUCAUAAUGUGGGAAAAUACCGUAAAUAAUAGAUUGUUUUGACAAUACUUUGAGAUCAACUGCUUAACAUAGGUCGUGGAAUACGCCGAAAGCUCGAAAGAGUACGAACCUUGUAUUAAUCA